UCCCCAAAAUUCCCAAAUCUAAUUCCCCCUAUUCUAUUAGGCUAUUCCACCUCCGCGCAGCCGUCGGACGCAGCAACGCAGGGACGAGUGGACGAUCGGCCGACCGCGACGACUUCAUCCUAUCUCCGGCAACUGGCGUCAAUCUCCGGAGAGCGGCGCAGGUUAGUGGUAUACACUGAUACACUUACUUUAGUCUGAUGCUGUGUUGUGACUGGAGGAGUGGAGGCUACGGGCUGUCGCUGCUGCCUGCAGAACAUUCUUCCUUGCUUUUCCAUCUCCGCCGCCACACCGCGCUCAAAAAGUUUGAUUCCUAAGCCGUGAGGAUGGUGAAGGCCAUAAUCGCGCCGUCGAUGCUAUCAUCGGACUUCGCCAAUCUGGCCUCUGAAGCCGAAAAGAUGAUCCACUGCGGCGCCGAUUGGCUCCAUAUGGACAUCAUGGAUGGUCACUUUGUACCAAAUCUUACAAUUGGUGCUCCAGUAAUUGAAAGCCUGAGAAAGCACACAAAGGCAUAUUUAGAUUGCCACCUCAUGGUCACAAAUCCUCUUGACUAUGUGGAACCAUUAGGAAAAGCUGGUGCCUCGGGUUUUACUUUCCAUGUUGAGGCAUCAAGAGAUAAUUGGCAGGAACUUGUCCAAAGGAUAAAGUCCAAGGGCAUGAAACCUGGAGUUUCAUUGAAGCCUGGUACGCCAAUCGAAGAAGUCUAUCCUCUGCUUGAAGGUGAAAACUCUGUUGAAUUGGUUCUGGUGAUGACUGUUGAACCAGGGUUUGGGGGACAGAAGUUUAUGCCUGAAAUGAUGCAAAAGGUACGCGAACUAAGAAAGAAAUAUCCAUCCCUCGAUAUAGAGGUGGAUGGUGGUUUAGGACCUUCAACCAUUGAAAUGGCUGCUUCAGCAGGAGCAAACUGCAUCGUUGCAGGAAGUUCAGUGUUUGGAGCUCCAGACCCAGCGCAUGUGAUAUCAGUACUGCGAAACAGUGUAGAGGGAGCUCAGAAAGGCAGCAGUAGUAUCUGAGACAGGCAAGACCUCCCUGUUGCUAUAUUGUUUCCUCCGGGUUUUGUCAAGGAGUUGAAUUCUUGUUGUACAAGGGAAUAAUAAUAAAAACAAACUUUUUAGCACACUCCCGUGACAUGCUUGUUAUUGAGAUUACAUCAACAAUUAGAAAGUCUGAUAAUGUAUGGAUGGAUGUAAUAAAAGUGAAGGGUACUUUUUGUUUUAUGUUUUCA